GCCAGCUCGAGCAGCACAGCGAACCAGCGGAGAGGAGCGCGUGAAGUGGGACGUUAUUAUCCCAAUAAAUACCCGGAGAGGUCCAAACCUCUAACCAACAAUGACAGAUACAAAGCGUCUUGCUUACUCCAUUAUCCAGUUCCUCCACGACCAGCUAACGUCUGGAGGCUUGUCAUCAGAUGCUCAAGAAAGUUUAGAAGUUGCUGUCCAAUGUCUGGAGACGGCGUUUGGUGUCUCAACCGAAGACCACAGUUUAGCAGUUUCUCAGACCUUGCCUGAAUUAUUUGCAGCGGCAACUGUCAAGGUAGCAGAUACGCCUCAGGUUAAAGUCACUUCAGCCAAUAGUCCCCCUACGGAGGAUCAGCUAGCAGAGGCAGAACAACUUAAAAGCGAUGGUAAUGACCAAAUGAAGGUGGAAAACUUCAGCGCAGCGGUGGAAUUCUACUCAAAAGCCAUUCAGAUUAAUCCACAGAAUGCAGUUUACUAUUGCAACAGAGCCGCUGCAUACAGCAAACUCGGUAACUACGCUGGAGCGGUUCGAGAUUGUGAGUGUGCAAUCGGAAUUGAUCCAAACUACAGUAAAGCAUAUGGACGAAUGGGGCUGGCACUUUCAAGUUUGAAUAAACACACCGAGGCUGUGGGCUACUACAAGAAAGCCCUGGAACUGGACCCUGAGAACGAAACGUACAAAUCAAAUUUGAAACUCGCCGAGCAGAAAAUGAAAGAAACUCCGAGCCCAACAGGCGGGAUGGGUGGUGUUGACCUUGCUGGUUUGCUCAGUAAUCCGGGCUUCAUGAGCAUGGCUUCCAAUCUGAUGAAUAACCCACAAGUACAACAACUGGUGUCAGGAAUGAUGUCUGGAGCUCAUGGGCCUACAGGUGGCACUGCAGCCCCAACAGCAGGACCUCCAAACGACAUAUCAGGCCUUAUUCAAGCUGGCCAGCAGUUUGCACAGCAAAUGCAGCAGCAGAAUCCUGAGCUCAUCGAACAGUUAAGGAGUCAAAUCCGGAGCAGGCCCCCUAGUGCAAGUAACGAAGAACAAUGACACUUGAAGCGGUAAAGAAUUAUCAUGAGGGACUUGGAGAAGACUGGCUCACUUUUUUCUUUUUAUCUUGUUUAUAAGAUCUGUUUAAGAUAUAUUUACAACUCCAGGGACUAAACCAAUUUGACAUCACCAGGAGCGCAUGCGUGUCCAGCCGUCCCCCUCCCUGCAUUGCCUGUCUUUGAAGAAAACCAAUGUAGCCAAAAUUUUUAGGUCAUAUCUGGCCACAUAGAUGCUAAAAAUCUGUAUGGAUGUAAAGAAGCAUCACCCUUUUGUUUAUCAUCAUUUCUGUGUAACUAAUGCAUAAUGCUAUGGAUUGUCAUAAAAGUGUCACUGCUUCAUGGACUGGAUCAACACAAAGUGAUUUCCAUUCUGCAGUAACAAUCUGUCAUCCUGUGAGCGGAAGAGUUUGUAAAAGAUAUGUACACUGUUUAUGGAAAUUAAACCUCAGAUUUCAAGUAGGA